CUGAAAUUCCAACCGGAAGUCGCGUGUCUCCUAAAUCCCAUGGCGCUUUGAGAUACAAGCACGGACACGUGACUUUCUUGCGAUAAGCUGGUCGACAUGAGCCCGACAGGUGAGGUGGUGUUCGGCGGUUCGACUCGGGUCUGCUCCCAGAACCGCCUGCGAUGGGAUUUGAGCGCCGAGCAAAUCCUCAAGAAGGCUGAGGAACUCAUCGCCAGCACCAAGGAUGUUUACGACCGCGUUGGUGCUCUCGACUUGGGCGGCGUCACCUUUGAGAACACGCUGAAGGUGCUUGCUGAUGUGGAAGUCGAGUACACGGUCCAGAGGAACAUGCUGGACUUCCCACAGCACGUGUCUCCAAGCAAGGAAGUGCGCACGGCGAGCACAGAGGCGGACAAACAGCUGUCAGAGUUUGACGUGGAGAUGAGCAUGAGGGAGGACGUGUACCAGAGGAUCGUGGCUCUGGAGAAGAAGGCUGAAACCAGCAGCCUGACGGCUGAGUCCAAACGCUAUAUGGAGCGGCUUAUCAAACUGGGCCAGAGGAAUGGACUCCACCUGCCCAAGGAGACACAAGAGGAGAUCAAGAGCAUCAAGAAGAAGCUCAGCAACUUGUGCAUUGACUUCAACAAGAACUUGAACGAGGACACCACCAGUCUGUCCUUCAGCAGGGAGGAACUGGGCGGCCUCCCAGAAGACUUCCUGAGCUCGCUGGAGAAAGAUGGAGACCAUCUGAAAGUGACCUUGAAAUAUCCUCACUACUUCCCCACCAUGAAGAAAUGCUUCGUCCCAGAAACCCGCAAAAAGCUGGAGGAAGCUUUCAACUCGCGCUGCAGAGAGGAGAACUCCGUCAUCCUGAAGGAGCUGGUGGAGCUUCGAGCCCGCAAGAGUUCUCUGCUUGGCUUCAGCACCCACGCUGACUUUGUGCUGGAGAUGAACAUGGCCAAGUCUGGCAAGCAGGUGGCUGCUUUCCUGGAGGAACUUGCCCAAAAGCUGAAGCCUCUGGGUGAGGAAGAGCGCACAGUGCUCCUCAAACUGAAGGAGGAAGAGUGCAAGAAGAGAGGUCUUACCUUCAGCGGAGAGCUGCACGCUUGGGAUACCCGCUACUUCAUGACGCAGGUGGAGGAGACUCAGUAUGCGGUGGACCAGAACCUGUUGAAGGAGUAUUUUCCCAUGGAGGUGGUGACUCGGGGACUGUUGGACAUCUACCAGGAGCUGCUGGCUUUGACCUUUGAGCUGGUGGACGGCGCCCCUGUGUGGCACCCGGAUGUUAAGCUGUACAGCGUGAAGGAUCGCAGCCACGGUCAGGUGGUGGGCCAGUUUUACCUGGACCUCUACCCCAGGGAGGGAAAGUACGGGCACGCCGCCUGUUUUGGCCUGCAGCCUGGCUGCCUGUUGCCAAACGGUGCUCGCCAGAUGUCAGUGGCGGCCAUGGUGGCAAACUUCAGUAAACCCACGGCUGAUGCUCCGUCUCUGCUGCAGCAUGACGAGGUGGAGACGUACUUCCAUGAGUUUGGCCACGUCAUGCACCAGCUGUGUGCUGAGGCUGACUACGCCAUGUUCAGCGGAACUCACGUGGAGCGGGACUUUGUGGAGGCCCCGUCCCAGAUGUUGGAGAACUGGGUGUGGGAGAAGGAGCCACUGCAAAGGAUGUCCAGCCACUACAAGACGGGUGCUGCCAUUCCUGACGAGCUGCUCGACAAACUCAUGAAAUCCCGCCUGGCCAACACUGGUCUUUUCAACUUGAGGCAGAUUGUUCUGGCUAAAGUGGAUCAGGCUCUGCACACCAGGACCGGCCUGGACCCGGCAGAGGAGUAUUCGCGUCUCUGCCAGGAAGUCCUGGGAAUUCCUGCUUCGCCAGGGACUAACAUGCCAGCGACGUUCGGCCACUUGGCAGGUGGUUAUGACGCUCAGUAUUAUGGCUACCUGUGGAGCGAGGUCUUUUCCAUGGACAUGUUCUAUGCUCGCUUCAAGCAGGAGGGAAUCAUGAAUCCCAAGGUUGGCCUGGACUACAGGAAAUGCAUCCUAAGGCCUGGCGGCUCCCUGGACGCAUCUGUCAUGCUGAAGAAGUUCCUCGGGCGCGAGCCCAAACAAGAAGCCUUCCUGCUGAGCAAAGGACUGACAGUGGAUUUGGAGGCUGGCACGCCGUGUCCCUGCUGACCAACUCAAGCUCCUCCCUCUUGGAGUCCACACAACAUAGGACUGCUGAAAAAUAGGUGACUUGGAGGACUUAAUGAGGAAAUAAAAUCCGUUGAGAGCA